AUGGACCCGUUUACGAUAGUCAGAUGGUUGGGAGUGUGUGCGGAACCGCCCAUAGAGGAGGCGCAGCCUGCUUGGUGGUUGGAUUUGCAGAGAUCCGAAGCACUGCAGAACAAAACGGAGAAGACUAGCAGCGUCACUAAGCAGGCCAUCUUGUCUCCUGCGGCGUCGUCACAUUUCGCCCCAGGAGUCGAACGGCGAAAAGUGCGUUUCGCUUCUGAGCCUACUGCAGAUUCUCAAUGCUUCUACGAAAACGAUGCAGAAGUCGUCAUUUCCCCGGCCCAACCGAGUACGCAGGCCUCGCUAAUUCAUGCUUCUGAACAAAACGAAGUCGCUUCCUGGGACCUAAGCGAUCUGGAAGAUGCAGCGGCUAUCCGCCGCAUGCUAAUUUCCACAAUUGACACGCCCCGUUCUUCAUCCGAUGGCAGCCUUCCCUCCAGCAGUUUCGUGGAUUCCCAUUACGACUUGAACCCUUCUGGUUCUGAGCCUGUGUUUCAUGAAUUAUGUGGCAGUUCCAUGGACAGCGCGAGCCCACAAGGAUUUAGCACAUCCGCUGGGCAAACUGGUGACUGA